AUGAAUGAUGAAGACUUUGUUAGCUUAGAAAUGUUAGAGAAAAAUAUUACAAAUCGAAAGGUUAAAGUCUCCGGUGACAAAAUCAAUUGGCUACAAACAAGACAAAUUAAAUUAUGCCGGAGUCAUCCAUUCUCAUUAUUUAUGAGUCAAACAUUAUCAGAUAAAAACUUUAUCGAAAUUAAUAUUGAAAAACGUUAUCGUGGUAGAGCAUCAAAUGACAUAUUUCCAUCUGGAGCACUACUUACUCAACUAUGGCCUAAUGGGAAAGAAAUAAACAAAGAAAAACUAGAUGAUAUAAAAUCAAUAAUGCAUCUUAUACCUGCAGAUGCUCAUGAGUUUCAUACAAAUUUUACGGGAAAUUCUGUCAUUGAGGAAGAUGUUAAUGGGUACAAUGAGAAUUUAGAUUUUGAUAUUGAAACUUUUAAUAAUGAUUAA